AACACUGUGCUCCUCACUGCAGGAUUACUGUGUGAGUGCCAUCACACCUGUGUGACCUUACCUGGAGCUUUAUUUCUAGGAGGAUGCUGCUUUGAAACUUCAGGUGUCUGUGAGGUGUGCUUCAGGAGGAGGUUGAAGAAGAUCUUCUUAUUCCUACGGAUUGACAGCACAGGAGCAGCAAGUUGAUGAUUAUCGCACCUUAGCGGGAAUAUCAGCAAACAACAGCGGAGAAGGAGAUGAAGUUUCGAUUUGGGCUCAGGAUCUCUUUGGUCCUGACAAUACUGGCACUGACUCUGUACGGAGGCAGUGUUGAAGGACAAAGGGCAGGUUGCAAGAAUGUCCACUAUGAUCUUGUAUUCAUCCUGGACACCUCUUCCAGUGUGGGCAAGGACAACUUUGAGAAGAUCCGGCAGUGGGUGGCAAACCUGGUGGAAUCUUUUGACGUAGGUGCAGAGAAGACGCGUGUGGCCGUGGUUCGCUACAGUGACCGUCCCACCGCCGAAUUCAACCUGGGCAGGUACAAAACCCUUGAGGAGGUCAAGCGUGCUGCUGGGAACAUCCGCUACCUGGGUGGGAACACCAAGACUGGAGACGCCAUCAGCUUCACUACCACCAACAUCUUCACAGAGAAGGCAGGGGCGAGGCCUGCCACAAAGGGCAUUCAGAAAGUGGCGAUCUUGCUAACGGAUGGCAGGAGUCAGGAUUAUGUUUUGGAGCCAUCGAUUGCUGCAGCGGCUGCUGGAAUCAGGCUGUUCGCCGUAGGAAUUGGGGAAGCCCUGAGGGAGGAGCUGGAGGAGAUUGCGGCGGAGCCCAAAAGCGCUCAUGUGUUCCAUGUGACGGACUUUGACGCCAUUGACAAGAUCAGGGGCAGGCUAAGGAGGAGACUCUGUGAGAAUGUCCUGUGUCCAAAUAUGAAAGUCCAGGCAGGCCGUUUCAGGCCAAACAGCACCAGUGAUGGAUUGACGGAGGUCCCAGGAUUUGAUUUGAUGGAGUACUUCAAUGUUAGAGAUUUUCUUGGAGAAAAAUUUGAGCCAGGUCAGACCCCCUACGUCCGGCUCGGUACCAUGCCCAUCGUCCAACAAACAGAAGAUGUGUUACCUCAGGGUCUGCCUGAUGAAUAUGCCUUUGUGACCACAUUUAAGUUCAGGAAAACCUCUCGUAAAGAAGACUGGUACCUGUGGCAGGUCUAUGACAAAUACGGCAUCCCGCAGGUUUCCAUCCGUCUGGACGGGGAGAACAAGGCGGUGGAGUACAACGCUGUGGGCCUGACGAAGGACGCAGUCCGAGCCGUCUUUAAGAACCCAGAGGUGGAGAAUCUGUUUGAUCGUAACUGGCAUAAGAUCGGCAUGAGGGUGGACUCCAAGUCUGUGUCCCUGUUCCUGGACUGCAAGCACAUUGACACGCUGCCCAUAGAAGAAAGAGAAGACAUCGACAUUCAGGGAAAGACUGUCAUCGGCAAGAGACUCUACGACAGCGUUCCCAUUGAUUUUGACCUCCAGAGGAUGGUGAUCUACUGCGAUGGUAAACAGUCUGAGCAAGAGACAUGUUGUGAUAUUCCUGGUGGCCUGUGUGAACAGUCUCUGGUAACUGAGGCCCCCCCACUCCCACUGCCCACUCCAAAACCAACAAGCGCUGAGCAGAAGAAACCAGCUGCGGCCAACUGCUCCUGUCCUGCAGGGGAAAGGGGUGAGACAGGUCUACCGGGUGCCACGGGGCCCAAGGGUGAAAAGGGGGAUCCUGGUCUUAAAGGGGCAGAAGGACCACCAGGACCUAAAGGGCAGAAAGGAGAACGUGGCCAGGCUAUCUCUAUCAAAGGUGAUAGAGGAGAAAAGGGGGACAGCGGCGAGCGUGGUGAACCUGGAGCCAGAGGUGAAAGAGGAGAAAGAGGAUCAAAUGGUUUACCUGGUCUGGCUGGGAAAAAAGGCGAUAGAGGAGAGAGAGGUGAACAAGGAGUUUCAGGUGAAGCUGGGUUACCUGGACCUCUCGGACCAAAGGGUAUCCAAGGUGAUGCUGGUCUACCUGGAUCACCGGGUCCUCAAGGGGUGUCUGGUGUCGCUGGAGUUAAAGGAGACAAAGGAGCUUCUGGAGAAAGGGGUGAACCAGGUUUAGAUGGGUUUCCAGGGAAACCGGGUGUUCCAGGAAAAGACGGUCCUAGGGGGCUGAUUGGUGCUCCUGGUGCAAGUGGAGUCAAAGGAGAAAAGGGUGAACGAGGUCCUGCUGGAUUGCCUGGCGAUGCGGUUCAGCUGGCAGGACUCAAGGGGGAGACUGGCGCCCCUGGUGUACGAGGACCCCCAGGAGCGGACGGUCCCUCUGGACCUCCUGGCCCACUUGGACCUCAAGGUUUGCCCGGUGAGCCGGGUGAGAACGGACCAAGGGGUAAAAAAGGUGAAUCAGGAUUGCCAGGAGUCGAUGGUCUUCCAGGACCACCUGGUCCUCAGGGGCCUCCUGGGCCUCCUGGCAGCCCUGGAGCAACAGGACCUCCAGGAUUACCAGGUGAAAUCGGUUUCGCAGGAAAACCAGGUGAAGCAGGAAAACCAGGCCUGCCAGGAAAGGAUGGAUUGGAUGGUGAACCUGGAAACGACGGCGAGAAGGGGCAAAGAGGAGAACCCGGACAGGAUGGCUUUCCUGGUAAACCAGGGCCGAAGGGAGAUGAAGGCCCACCAGGACCACGAGGACCUCCUGGUGAACGGGGAGUGCCUGGUUUGCCUGGAGAGCUCGGCCCAGUGGGACCCAAAGGAGAGAGAGGAAGCCAAGGUGAGAGAGGAAAAGAUGGACUUGCUGGCUUGAAAGGAGAGAAAGGAGACAAGGGCGAGAUUGGCCCCAGGGGUCCAGCCGGGGUUCCAGGCAACGUGGCCAAUGUGAUUCCUGAACCUGGUGAACCAGGUAAGCCGGGAGAAAAGGGAGAGAAAGGAGAUCAAGGAAAACCAGGCGAGAUGGGUCAAAGAGGACUUCCCGGAGAGCAGGGAUUCAGAGGGCAACAAGGACCUGCGGGCCCUAAGGGCGAUGCUGGUGAAAAAGGAGAGGCAGGGAGACACGGAGACCCAGGUCCGCCUGGAUUGACAGGCCCUCAGGGGCUCCGAGGGCUCCCAGGCAAUGUGGGUAUUCCAGGCAGUAUCGGUCCACCUGGUAUUGCUGGACAGAGAGGAGAGAAGGGAGAUGCUGGUAAAGACGGUCCCUCUGGACCCCCUGGCCCAGCCGGUGAGCCUGGUUUAAGAGGAGAAAUCGGUUUGCCAGGAAAAGGCAAAGAGGGACCAAAGGGUGAUUCUGGACCUCCAGGUCCACCUGGACCUCCCGGCCUGAAGGGUUUACCUGGUCCACAGGGAAUGCAAGGGAUGCCAGGAAACAGAGGACCACCAGGAGAGGGAACCACUGGACCCGAGGGGCCUCCCGGACAAACAGGGCCACCAGGACCAGCGGGUUUGAGAGGACCUCCAGGAGUAAGUGGACCACAGGGACCCGCUGGACACAAUGGUUUACCAGGAAGACCCGGAGAGAAGGGCUCCCCUGGAGAACCAGGAAAGGCUGCAGACAUUUCUGAUCUGAACCUGAAGGACAUUUGUUCAGAUUGCCCCCCUGGACCUGCUGGACAACCGGGUAUGCCAGGACCUCCAGGUGAAAAAGGUCUUACUGGACCACCUGGGACAAGCGGACAGGAUGGAUAUGUGGGUCCUCCUGGACCAACAGGGCCUGCAGGACCACCAGGUGCUGAUGGAGCCAAGGGGAUCAAAGGUGACAGAGGUCCUGUAGGAGCACCUGGAGAUAAAGGUGAAAAGGGCCCCCCAGGACCUCCUGGUUAUCCAGGGGCAGCAGGAGCUAUGGGUCAACCUGGUAAUGAUGGAAACCCUGGACCUGUUGGACCACCUGGAUCUCCUGGAGAAAAGGGUAAAGAAGGUCUUCAGGGAAUUCAGGGACCACCAGGUCUUCCAGGUUUAAUGGGCUUGAUGGGUAAAGCCGGAAAGGAUGGAAGACCAGGAGAAACAGGAGAGCCGGGUAAACCGGGAGAGCCAGGAUCACCAGGAAGAGACGGGCUCAGAGGAAUGCCUGGUUUCAAAGGUCACAGAGGGGAACCAGGACCACCAGGGUCAAAGGGUGAAGAUGGGAAACAGGGUGUUCCUGGGCGUGAGGGUCCAGCCGGGAAAGACGGUAACUCCGGACCACCAGGGCCAGAGGGCAUGAGAGGACCACGAGGAGAACCCGGUCAGCCUGGAGAACCAGGACCAACAGGCAAGCCUGGAUCUCAGGGAAAUCCUGGUCAGCCAGGACACAAAGGUGAAACAGGGAGUCCAGGAUUACCCGGCUUCCCAGGUCCAAAAGGUCCAUCGGGUUCGCCUGGUCCAAUUGGCCCGGAGGGCAAACAAGGCAUGUAUGGAAAACCAGGAGACAGAGGACAGAAGGGAGAAAAGGGUGAUAAUGGAAUAAAAGGAGACAAAGGACCUGUUGGGGAUCCAGGCAUUCCGGGUAACCCCGGGCCUCCCGGCAGAAAGGGUCACACAGGAAUGAUGGGCAUGUCCGGACCCCCAGGGGAAGUGGGUCCUCCUGGAUCCCCUGGUUCUCCAGGACAGCCAGGUCUCCCAGGUCUCAGAGGUGAGACGCCAUCAAUGGAACAAAUGCGGCGGCUCAUUCAAGAGGAACUCUCCAAACAGUUGGAUGCUAAGUUAGCUUACCUCAUGGCUCAAAUGCAGCCCGCACAUAUCAAGAGUUCAGUUGGCCGUCCCGGUCCACCUGGUCUGCCAGGUAAAGAUGGACCUCCUGGCCGACAGGGUCCACCUGGAGAGCCUGGAAUACCUGGACAAAAUGGAGCAGAAGGAUCUAGAGGUCCAGUUGGUCCUAAAGGUGAACGAGGUGCAAGAGGCGAAAAGGGAGAGGAUGGUGUUGGACAGAGAGGAGAGCCUGGUCCAGUUGGUCCCAUGGGUCCUGCAGGUAUGCCGGGAUACGGAAAAGAUGGUCUUCCUGGAGCUGCAGGCGCUCAGGGAGAGCCUGGUAAUCCUGGUCCACACGGUCAGCCCGGACCUCCUGGACCGCCAGGGCAGUGUGACCCCUCACAAUGUGCCUACUACGCCAGUCUGGCAUCAAGACCUCACACCAAAAACGUCAAGGGGACUUAAUACACCUAUUUAUGAACUUGGACAUUCAGUAAGCCAAGAACAUGUUCUUUAACAUCAGGAGAACUACAGAGUCUGAGGGGUGAGUGAAUGUGUGUGUGUGUGUGUGUUUAUAUGUGUGUGUUUGUCAUAGGCUUUUCACUACAGCUAAUAUGUUCUUGAACCCAGAGUGAAGGCCAGUUUUAUUCCUGGGUUAAGCAACGUUUCACACUUUAGUUUUGAAAAGGUGUUAGCAUGUAGCAUUAGCACUUUUAACUCUGGGUUAUGAAGUCUAGCUCGAGCAGGAGUGACACUGAAUAGUGGUCCUAAAUGUAUAAAAAGUUGAAAUAAUGCUAUGCAAGACUUAAUGGAAAUUUGUUGAGAUACCCUACAGCUAGGAAAAAUGAUAAUCAAUAAAAAAUAAAUAAUAUAUAAAAUAUAUGUAUAAUUUUUUCCUGAUUGCCAGACUUUAAGAAAUCCUGGAAUUUUUGUUCUACAGUAAGUAUACAAAUUUUAAAUAAACUUUUUUAAUUAAUUGAAUUAAAAUUUUGUCAUUAAAUUUAGUUUUUUUUUUUAUUUAAUUUUUUUUUUUUUUUAGAUUUUUCCCCUGGUUCACAAAUUGUUCAGAAUUAUUCAUAAAUUAAGUUCACAUUUAAUAAAAAUCCUUGUCCAUUAAUCACAGAGUGCUUAAACUAUGAAGUGUAUUAUUUUUUUAGUUUCAGUGUCUGAAAGAUAGUUAAACUUGCUAAAAGUUUAAUAUUAAAAUAAUGUGUACUGUACUUGCCCAAUCAAAGUAUUUUAACCUCAUAUAUUAGUGCUGUCAAAUGAUUAAUCGCAAUUAAUUGCAUCCAAAAUAUUUUUUGUUUACAUAUGUGUGUACUGUGUAUAUUUAUUAUGUAUGUACACACACAUACAGUAUAUAUUUUGAAAAUAAUUUACAUGUGUAUAUUUAUAUAAUCGAUAUUACAUAUAAAUAUUUUUAUUAGGGCUGUCAUCACGCGAUUAAUCGCAUACAAAAUAAAGAGUUUGCCUAAUAUAUGUGUGUGUACUGUGUGUAAUUAUUAUGUAUACAUAAAUACACACAAAUGAAUGCAUAUAUUUAAGAGAAAUGUUAUUUAUGUACAAAACAGUUUUAUUUAUAUAUAAUAAUAAUUACACACAGUACACACACAUAUAUCAGGCAAACUCAGACUUUUAUUUUGUAUGCAAUUAAUCAUGAUUAAUCGUUUAACAGUCCUGAAUUUUUAAUAUAUAAACAUAACAUUUUUCCUGAAUAUAUACAUGCAUGUGUGUAUAUUUACAUAUAUAUAUAUAUAUAUAUAUAUACACAGUACACACACACACACACAUAUAUAUAUAUAUGUAAACAAUAACUUUUAUUUUGGAUGCGAUUAAUCGCGAUUAAUUGCUUGAGAGCACUAAUAUAUAUACAAAUAAAAACGUUAACCCAGAUUUUACUAAUGUAGAAUGUUAAACCUCUACAAACCGAUUACCCAGGAUUGACUGCUAAACCACUAUAGUGUGAAUCUUACUAACCCAGGGUUAAAAAUGGCCCUUGGUUAACAGUUUUAAGUGUGAAAAGCCCACUAGUGUCCUGCCGGUCAGAGUUGGUUAUGAUUUUUUUUUUUAUUAUUAUUAGAGGAGGGGUGGGUGAGUAGUUAGUAAGAUUAAGCUCAACGUCAAGCUCACUUGUACAAGGUUAUUUACUUGUGUAACAGGAUGAGAAUUUGUGUUAUAAAAGAAAGACAUUCACUACCCCGACCGUGAUCUGAUGAUGACAAUCGAGGUUGUGCUGCCCACAUGGCGUUUACUGAGAUCAUCGAUCGGUAAUCGCAGAGUCAAUCCAUUGUUAGCGAUGUCUGUAGCAGGUCAGGAUGUUCUUUUAAAGUCUGUCUAAAUUGUCUACUUGAGUUUUAUUGAUGAAACACUCCGUUGCUCUGGGAAAAAACACAGUGGGAUGCUUUUCCACGCAUCAAUAGGAUACCUCAAUAAGGAUCAUUAGAGGUCCUGGAGGUGAUGGAGAAAUGCAUUUCUGCUCUUUUUAGUCUUUUUUUGUAAAAUACAUCUCUUUUGUAGCUAUGCAUCUGGCUGUUUUUUCAUUUUGGAUCAUGUGAUGACUGAAGGCAGCUGCUCAGUUUAGUGCCUGUUUAACACGGGUGGUUUGUCAUAAAAACAAUUACCCGAAAAAGGCUGUCGCUGCAUAAAUACACGACUGACGCCUCUUAUAAUGCAUUUGUAAUAGUUUUGUGUAGCACUCUUCUUCAAACACCAUUGCCUUUGUCAUUAUGAAGGUUCGGGAACACCAAGUCCUAGUUAAAGCAGUACUAUCGCUUGUGUCGCUAAAGCGUUCAGAUGGAUCGAUCCUGCAGAUUGCUCCCCUGUGAGCCAAUUAAAGCUGUUGAAAGAGAAAAGACUGCUUCAAAAUGAACUCUUUUCUUUAGCCCACAAACCGGGAUGCAAUUCAUCUUCAAUUGACAAGCAUUGUAACUUCAGUGAGGUCAAGAAUAGAUUGAUGUCAGAAGGCUUUUGAGCGUUUAGUUGUUUUUGAGUGUGCUUGACUGAAAUUGUAGUAUCUAAAAGAAUCUUUUCAGCCUUGUUGCCACAAUGUUUUUUUUCUUUAAGAUCUGUUAUUUGUUUUCCCUUGAAAUCAUGAUAUCCUUGAAAAGAAUUUUCAGUAUUAUUGCAUAAGUUUUUUAAUUAAAUAACUCUAACCACUUCUUUGUGGAAUUUCAUCAGGUUCUUUUCUUUUUUUUUUUUGGAAUGGAAAAAGCUAAUACUUUUUAUUUUAUUUUAUUAUUUUAUUUUACUUUUUAUUUUAUUUUAUUUUAUUAUUUUAGUUAUAUAUUUUAUUUGACUUAUUUUAUUUUUAUUUUAUUAUUUUAUUUGACUUUAUUAUUUGACUUUUAUAUUUUAUUUUACUUUAUUAUUUUAGUUUUAUAUUUCACUUUCUUAUUUUAAUUUAUAUUACUUUUUAUUUUAUUUUAUUUUAUUAUUUUAUUUUACUUUUUUAUUUUAUUAUUUCACUUUUUAUUUUAUUAUUUUAUUUUACAUCAUUGGUCUAGUUUUAUAUUUUAUUUUAUUUUAUUUUAUUAUUCUAGUUUAAUAAUAAAGUAAAAUAAAAUAUAAAACUAGACCAAUGACGUAAAAUAAAAUAAUAUAAAACUAUUUCUUUUUUUUAUUUUACUUUAUUGUUUUAUUCUAUCCCUAUACUUACCUGAUAGAUAGGUGUCUCUAUCAGGAUAGAUUUCUUUUUUUUUUUUUUUUCUUUUUAAGCCUUUUUUCUGUUAUGUUCAUGUUGGCUGUCUUUGCAGUGCAAGGUUUUAGAGAUAGGUCAUGUGUUGAAUUUAAAAAUUGCCAAAAUGGCUGAAAUAACUUAAGCAUCAUCAGUAGAUAAGAAAGAUUUAAAUAUCAAUUUUAAUGCAAAAACCAGAUGUGAUCCUGUACAGGCUCGUUGUUUACCUUCUUAUUUAAUCACAAUGAUAAAGCUCUUAGUAAUUAGUAUUAUAUACACACUUGAUUAAAAAAAAGACUUCAGAUUUUUUUUAUUGUUUGUCCAUCUUUGCCCUGCCUUCAAGCGUCACAUUCAAGAGAUGAUGUUUUGGUGAUGUAUUUUGAAAAGCUGAGCUUAUUACUGAUGCAAAUUUAUGUAAAUGAAUGGUGCUGCUUAUUUUUUUCGACGCAAGCCAAAGAAGUACUCGCUAUCAGCAUUGCUAUCAUGUUCUCCUCCACUUUAUUCAAAUAUAGUUGCUUUUUGACUUUGUAUCCUCCUGUUAGUUUGGCUUCUUCUAGCCGAUAAUGACUGUAUUUGUUUUUCCAUAUCAAUUUGCAUUAAAUUAUUCUAAUGAACUACAGGUGCAGGUGAUGUAAAAUAGUAUAAUUUAUGCAUGGUAUAAUCUACUUGUUAAUACUGAUUCUCUGGUGCUACAGUUAAUCUUAAUUAGGUUGAUGUAUGAUGUGUAUGUGUGUGGGAGAGCAUGUGUGUUAAUAAAGACUGGAUCAGGUCCAUUUUCUAGGACUGGGCUGUUAUUGUGGAAAAACAAACAAACAAACAAACAAACAA